CGACUUCCACCUACUACCUCCAUCCCCCUUAGAUUUGUUUCCCCCGCACAAGGCUCGAGUCAUCUACUCCCGGCAUGGCCGGUAAGAGCUGCUCCGGGCAUGGCCAGUAAGAGUCGGGCUCCCUUAAAACCUUCAAUAGGUGGUAUCCCCGUUUUCUGGAAAUAACAGGUUGGGACCCUUGGAAAAAACAAACAACAAAACAAAGAAAAUGAAAAAAGGGUUCCAACCAUCUUUAAAAGAAAAAAAAUAGAGCACCUAAAAAAGUGAGUCCAUGACCUUUCUGUUUUUUAGAGUCUCUUUGUCCACGAAUCACUUGUCCUCCGAUCAUUACUUGUCAUGAUCACAACUCGGCACUAGAGUUCUCGCCGAAGAAGCUAGGAGGUGUCUUGUGCGUUGGUUGACCUCGUAAGCAGCUAAAUGACUUAGAACGUCCUCUACCAACGAUCGUGGUUGCAUGUUUAUAUAAAGGUCUGGAUAGUUGCAUUGGUUUGAGUCAGGAUUGCUUGGGGACAAGCAAAUGGUUAAGUGUGGGAGAAUUUGAUAACGUCGUAUUUGCCUAUGUUUGCACCCUCUUUUCUUGAUCAUUUUAGCUUGAGUUUUUUUAUUUAUUGGACUAUUUUACGCUAGGUUGUGUUCCUUUGUCAUAUUUCAGGUCCUAGCAUGUAAAGUGAAGCCUAGGCGCAAGUGUCAAGUCAAUCUGAGAUCAAUUGGCGACUCGGGGUGAGAAACUCGGGAAUGACUUGAGGAAGAAUGGAUUUCUACCACAUUUUAUUUACAAAGGAUCAUGAAAGGUUGUCAUUAAAAGAAAGAGGACAAGACUACGAGCAUUUGGGAUCAAAUGGCACCUGAAUCGGAGGUCAAACGAGGUCAAACGAGAUCAACAAAGCUUAGGAGUGCAUGCUGGAAAUUGUGCACGGGCGUGUAAAAUUAUGCACGGCCGUGUUAGUUCCCAGGGGGUUUGCACGGCCAAAACUUCAAUUUGCACGGCCCUGCAAGUAGGGGGUGCGAGUUUAAGCGGGUACAAAAGCUGUUUUGCGAUUUUAGGAGAGGGGGAGCUGGGUUUCUGAUCCCAAACACCCAACGGACAAACCAGAGAGAGAGAGAGAGAGAGAGAGAGAGAGAGAGAGAGAGAGAGAGGGCGAUCUAGAUCUAUUCUUGGAGCUAUCUUGGAAGAUUCUUCACCAUUGAAGCUCAAUCAAAAAGUCUAGACAUGAAGAUUGAAGAUCUGGAAAGUUAUAAUGCAAUCUCUCUUUUCUCUAUGGAAUAACUUCCCUUCACUUAGGUUUUGAGAAACCCUAGUUCCAUGUGUUAGGAUCUUUCAUGUAUGAAGUUUUGGAUGAUCUAUUGGGUGAUUAUAAUCGAUUGAGGCAUGAUUUAUUGAGUCAAUUGAAUCUUGAUCAAAUUCUCUUGAUUUCUGCUUUAACCUAUGAUAGAUAGAAUCUGAUUAGGUUAAGAGAGCUUCCCUGAUUAAUAGUAGUGAAUUGGUUGUGCGAGAGUCAGUCAAUUCAUAGCUUUGUACUGGAAUUCAUUCCAUGUAGUGGAGAUCUGUGUGAAUCGCCUUAGCAGUCUAUUCCGGUGAAGGCUAGUCGCCUGUCGGGUAUUCUGUCUAAGAGGGCUUGGUCAGCUUAAGAGAUUCCAAGCUAAAUUAGGAUCUUCCGCAGUUUAAUCAACAGUAAAACAACCAAAAGGAAUUACAACUUAGACCUAAUUGAGGAGCUAGGGGGAAUCAUAUCUAAGUGAGUUCCCAACCUGUAAUUAGUAGAGUAGUUGGAAGAGUAGUUUAGUAAAUCAAUCCUUAAUCUAGUUUGCUAGAUAAUGAACUGAAGUUGAAUAAUAGUAACUCUAAAGACCCGUGGAUUCGGUAUUUAUUACUUGUGCCACUAUAUUGCAGUCCCUUACAUUGGUUACACUUGGCCAUUGUUAGGUGUUGGGUUGUAGCGUGUCAUGUUUUUGGCACCGUUGCAGGGGAACUUUCUAGAUUAUUAGGAAAGGCAGAAGUUUGUUACUUUAGCAUUUUCCUUGCUUUUCACUUGGGUGUUUUAAUUUUUGUUGGUGCAGAUCUGAAUCAUGGAUCCUAAUGGCUUCUCCAACUAGUGGGGGUAUCCACCACCAUCUGAGUGGUAUUACCCCGAGACUUCCUGGAGCAUUCAAGGUGGAGAAGACUAUGGAUUCGGGUUCCAGUACCAACCCCCUUAAUACGGAGAACAAUCAGACCCCUGGGCAUAUCAAGAACAAUCUCCUUAUCAAGAAGAAUUUCUCCCACAACCAGAAGGGCCAUCAGAUCUGGAGUUAGCCAUGGAAGCCUUCACGGGCCAUCCGGCAGAGCCAUGCUACACUCCACAGCCGGAUCCAAACUAUCAUUUGAGGAUUCUCGUGGAGUAGAUUGCUCGAGUACCUAAGAGAUCCUUUCCCGAGAUGGAUCCUCAUAUCCAGGCCAUUGCCCAAACUGACUUCUUCUUUCCCCGUGAAACAGAGGAUACUCUUCGGAGCAUAAAGAAGCACAUAGAGGUCAUUGAGAAAGCUUGUUCACAGUUUUCUCAAGACAACCUUUAUGCUGCCAUACAAGUAGAGGUGGAGGAAAAAGAAGGCAAUCAUGAGGAUGUUGAGGAGCAUACAGAAGUUGUCACGGAAAGCUCCCAUGAUAAUCACGAUCAAGUGUAUCCUCUGGUGGUAGAUCACAGCUUUCCCCAUUUCCGCUCUAACAUGCUGGGUCCGAGCGAGGAGAUGCAAGCUGAACUUAUUGAGAACCUUGCAUGGCAACUUGCUCUCCAAUCCGUUAUGGAAUAAGAAGAGAGAGAAAGGGGUGGGGCAAGAAGUUGUGGAGGAUGAGGAAGAAAUCAAAUAAGAGGAAGUUCUUGAUCUUUUCCAAGGAGAGAGACCACAUUUUGAAGAAGGAAGGGGGGUUGAAGAAGCGAGUGGUGUCCAGGCUGAGGAUGAAGUUGAGGUGGAAGAGGCUUGCACCGGCCGUAUAAUACAAGUAAUAUCCCCACCAAACUUCGAGGAACUUCUUAGCAAGGACCCAUUUGCAGUGUCUCUUUGCCAGACCAAGGCCACAUCGACAUCGUUCCCUCUUAGUGGACGCGAUGAUGGUCAGUCGAUACGGUUAUAUUUGGUUUGGGGCAAUGAGACAAGAGAAUAAACAAAGAUGAGGUCU